GCACAGUCGGAAAAUAAAGAGGAAGUGAUGAGCACGACAUCGAGCAAGAUAUUUCACAAAACUACUUAAACUCUUUCAGGCUCACAUAUCCUCAAUGUGUGCUGUUGAACGCUGCAUGGACAUGAAAUUGUAAGCUUUCUGCAGUGUGGGGAAAUUUAAUGCUGGCCAAGUUUUACAUUUGAGUUACAUUUCCUUCGUAUUGCGAUGUCUAUGAAAACAUGGCCUCCUGGUACACAGUGUGUCGCCAAAAGUGACCACACAAGACCUAAACCCAAUGAAGUCUUCUAUCACAAAGGAGACAUCCUUACUAUUUUAGGUUUGGAGUUAUUAAUGGGGAAGUCCGUCUACAGAGCCAAACACAACAGGACAGGUGAAGAAGGUCUGAUCUUUGCUUCUAACAUGCGAGAACGUGAGGCCCUACGUGUAGACCCCAGUCUCAGCCUUAUGCCAUGGUUCCAUGGGAAGAUCUCAGGUCCAGAUGCUGUAAGCAGACUGCAGCCAAUGGAAGACGGUUUGUUUCUGGUGCGUGAGUCUAUUCGGCACCCAGGUGACUACGUCCUGUGCGUAAGCUUUAAGGAAGAGGUUCUUCAUUACCAUGUCAUCUACCAGGAAUCCAAGCUGACAAUUGACAAAACACAGUACUUUUACAACCUCAUCGAUAUGGUGGAGUUUUACUCGAAGACAAAAGGCAUUAUUGCUACCACACUCCAGAAACCUAAAGUGAAAGAGGGAACUAAGUCAGCUGCACUGCAACUAUCCAAAACGGGCUGGCUAUUAGAUCUCUCAAAGCUAACUUUGGGUGAAAAUAUUGGAAGUGGCGAGUUUGGAGCUGUAUUUCAGGGCGAGUACAUGGGCAGGAAGGUGGCAGUAAAAAACAUAAAAUCUGAUGUCACUGCUCAAGCUUUCUUGGAUGAAACUUCUGUUAUGACGAAACUGCAGCACAGGAAUCUGGUACAGUUAUUAGGCGUGAUUCUACAUAAUGGCCUUUACAUCAUCACAGAAUUUAUGGCAAAGGGCAAUCUGGUGAAUUACCUGCGAUCACGAGGACGCUCCGUUAUUACCACUGUUGAAAUCCUGCAAUAUGCUCUAGAUGUGUGUAAAGGCAUGGAAUAUCUGGAGUCAAAGAAACUUGUACAUCGAGACCUAGCUGCACGUAACAUCCUCAUAUCUGAGGACAAUAUUGCCAAGAUCAGUGAUUUUGGCCUGGCUAUGGGUGACUGUCAGAGCAUUGACAAUACGAAGUUACCUGUGAAAUGGACUGCACCUGAGGCCUUAAACAACAAGAAAUUCUCUACAAAAUCAGACGUUUGGAGUUAUGGUGUGCUUCUUUGGGAAACAUUCUCCUUUGGCAGACAGCCCUACCCCAAGAUGACUGUGAAGGAGGUGAAGGAGCAGGUGGAAGAGGGAUACCGUAUGGAGUCGCCCGAAAACUGUCCAUCCGACAUAUAUGCCAUCAUGAGGCUCUGCUGGGAUAAAGACCCCAAAAUGAGACCAGCAUUCCAUAAGCUUAAAGAGCGUCUACAGUCUGAGCUGAACAAACAUGAGUCUGCCACAGAGUCCUAAAAUCAUUUUCUCCAUUCAAACAUCUGCUUUCUUCUGAGAAGACCAGACAUUAUAAAUAAAUAAUUAAAAUAUAUUGUACUGGACACAAAAAUGCUCCUACUGUAAGCCUUUUCACCAAGUUUUGUUACAGAAUGUACUCAAUAUUUCACUUUCUAAUUUAUUUUUAUUUAUCAAACACUUUAUUUCAAGAGAAUUUCCCAAUGGAUGUGAAAUAUACACAAGUAAGGACGCAGAUCGCAAAGCAAUGGAAGAAUGAAGCUGUUGUUAUAUAUGCUUUGAAAGCUGGCAGACGUGAAAAGGCGCUCAUAAAAAGUUGCUAUGGACUGUGGAUAUAUGGAAAGAAUAUGAACUCAUCAGCAAACUGAACAGCAAAACUUUGAGAAAUUUGUGGAGAAGAAUCUGUCUAUCUACAAAUCAAAAGACUCAUUGGGUGACAGAAUUUCACUCAUUCAUUUGCCUUUCUGUCUUGAGAGGAUAAAUGUAAACAACGGAAAAGUAGGAGGAGACUCUUCUGGGGAUUAAAAUUCAAGAUCUAGAGUA